AUGGCCCUAACAAAGCACAUCAGUACACGCAAUCCAAAUGAUUUUCCGACUCUGCAGCUCUUUCUUCUAGCCGUGGUUCGUCUUGCCGAACCCAUUGCACUCACCUCCAUCUUUCCUUACGCAUGGGCCCUUGUGAAGAAGUUCCAUAUUGGAAACGAACAAGAUGCGUCCUUCUACUCCGGACUUCUUAUUUCCUCCUUCUCUCUCGCCGAGGCCUUGAUGGGCAUGUACUGGGGCGGCCUAUCCGACCGCAUUGGUCGCAAACCUGUUUUAAUGAUUGGUUGCCUGGGGACCAUGUUUAGCAUGGUCAUGGUAGGAUUCGCCUCCAACAUCUGGGUUGCGUUACUCGGUCGAGCCAUAGGCGGUCUUCUGAACGGGAACAUUGGCGUUAUUCAAACGAUGGUCGGCGAACUCGUCACAAAGCCCGAACACGAACCCCGCGCUUUCGCCGUGAUGCCCUUUGUCUGGAGCAUCGGAACCAUUAUUGGACCUUGUAUUGGCGGCACCUUUGCCGAUCCCCACGAGUCCUGGCCCAACGUGUUCCUAAAAGGCGGUCUAUUUCAACGCUAUCCGUACCUUCUCCCCAACCUCCUUUGCGCAGCUCUCUUACUCGUCAGCAUUGUUUUGGGAUUCGCGCUCCUCGAUGAGACUCAUCCCGAUAUGCAACCCCGCAUACUGUUGCCUGCAGAUACCUACGUCUCGGAAGAGACUCCGCUGAUAGAGACUUCAGAUGCUAUGAAGCGCCCAGCGGUAGACCUGCGAGCCGAAACCUAUGGAACCCUCCGAAGUGUCCAAAGGGAUGCCGUCUGUGACGGGGGACGAGAAGUCUGUAGUCAGGAAAAGCUGGGUUUGUCCAAGGUUUGGAACAAGCGUGUUGUUGGAUUCAUCAUUGCCUUGUGCAUCUUUACAUAUCAUUCCAUGACAUACGACCACCUCAUGCCAAUUUUCUUCGAGGAUGAUCGCAUCGUCAACAGAGGCACCACUUCCCUUCUGGCGACGUUAAGCUCGUCUGGUGGCUUGGGGCUCUCUCUCCGAGAUGUUGGAAUGAUCAUGGCUGUCAACGGAUGCAUUGCUCUGUUUGUUCAGGCUGUCAUUUUCCCUGUCGCGGCAGAGAGAGUCGGUGUGUACAAGCUCUUUCUCAUUGUCACCGUCUUGCACCCCGUCGUGUACGCGGUUGUUCCCUUUCUACUCCUCGUUCCUGAGUCCCUCAUCUUUCCCUCAAUCUACGUCUGCCUUGCAAUUCGAAAUAUUCUUUCCAUCACUCUGUACCCGCUGCUCCUCAUUCUUAUCAAAGAAGCCACUCCUACAUCCAGCGCUUUGGGCAAGGUCAACGGUUUAGCCGCUAGUGCUGGCGCUGCCUGUCGGAUGAUUGCGCCUCCCAUUGCAGGGUUCCUUUACACCUACGGUAGCAAAAUGAACUGCACGGCUCUGGCUUGGUACGGGAGUGUCGUCGUUGCCAUUGCUGGCUCCGUUCAAUGUUUCCUGGUCCCUCGAGAGCGAAAUACCGAAAUAUCUGACGAAUGUGCUUGGCCACCGCCUUGCAACAAACUCAAUGCUCUUGCCGCUGAAGUCUCUAACGAAGAGCAAGGACGGCAAUGA